AUGUCUCCAUCACUGGAUCGAUUGCCUGGUCUCCCGGGUGACCCGCUCUUCAAAACGCUCCUAUAUAACGCACAACAUAUCCAUUCUACAUUGAUCCGGGAUACAUCUGCUGGCAUCGCAGCCACGCCAGCACAAUUUCUUCGCGAUGUCAUUUUCUUCAAGCAUCGUAUCAACACCCAGUUGGCCACGAGCGGCAUCGACGUCCACACUGUGGCGGGAGAUGUGGAUGUAUAUAUUUGCAUUCUCGCCCCACUCAGCUAUGAGUUUCUCGUUGCCUUCUAUGCCGUUAUAGCACUGGGUGGUGUCGCAGUGCCUCUAUCAACAAGUAUUCUUCCCGAGGAAGGUGCGUGGAUUUUGAACAAGUGCCGUGCCAGCUGCUUGCUCGUGGGAACGAAUCAAGGCGAACUCGCCUCUCAAAUUCGUUCCGAGCAACAACCUGGUCUCGACGUCCCUAUCGAAUUGACAACGCCCGACAGCUUCCCUCCUCUGCCUUCAGCGGCUACCGGAGAUAGCUUUAAUCCCAAUGGGCCUGGACUCGUGCUGUUUACUUCGGGGACCACGGGACCUCCGAAAGGCGUCGUGCUUCCUCGAAACUUCUUCUUUCCCAAUGUCGAGCUGGACUGCGAGUCUCAUGAUAUCGCGUUGGUCUACAGACCUGUGAAUGGUCUGUCCGGUAUCCUCAACCUCAUGGAUCUCAUAUAUGUCGGGGCCUGUGCAGAGCUGUUCCCUGGUGGAAUUCAACCAGCUAUCAUCUGGGAGAGACUACGUCAAGGAGGCGUGACUGUGUUAGCGGGUGCCACUCGCUUCUGGCAGUUGUUGAUGUUACACUACGAGGAAAACCUCAGCCGGCUCCCUUCAUCCGAUCUGCAGCAGUAUCGCGAAGGGGCAUAUAACCUGAGGGUUGCAUGGUUCGGGGGAGGCCUCCCAUCACCGGUCGCGCGACGCUUCUGGCUGCAACUACGCACUGGGAAGUCUUGGAUCGUGAAGUAUGGGUCGUCGGAGACAGGACGCGAAGCAUUUUCGUUUCGGUUUCGGGGGGAGGAGGAGAUUGCCAAGCCCGUCAUUGGAACCCCUCUGCCCGGCAUGACGGCGAAGUUGAGCGAAGGGGACCAUGGGGAGCUUUUGCUUAAGAGUCCGACCAUGAUGAUCGGGUUAGUGCGAGUCCAGCGACCUUCGAGCCAUCUAAUUCAUUGUGAUGACAGGUAUCUCGAUGAUGAACAACGUACGCGCGAAACUUUUGACGAAGACGGAUAUUAUAAGACUGGUGAUCUUGUCCACCGAGAAUCCAGCGGCUUGUGGAUUAUUGAUGGACGAGCGACCGUGGAUUUUGUUCGGUUCAAUGGCCUUCGCGUCUCGGUUAAUGAAGUUGAGUCCCACGUCUGCGAACUACCCUACAUCGGCGAGGCGUAUGUGCUGUGUAUUCCAGACUUGCAGUACGGCCAGCGAGUGGGCUGCUUGGUCCGUUGCCGGAAUAAAACUUCGGACCUGGAUUCGCGAGAAAUAUCCCUGGAACGACUUCGUGGAGAUCUUUCCGACACCUUGUCGGUGUACAAAUUACCUUCCAUUCUGAGAGUCCUCGAGGCGGAUGCUAAACUCCCCACCAGUCCCCAAGGCAAACUUGCGCGCAGUCAAACGAUCAAUAUUUAUUUCCUGGAUGAUACCCAGUCUUCGUGUUUGGAGGUGUGGCCAUUGGAUGCGGAGGACCUGAGGCCAAAGAAGGCGUGGGAUUGGGGUGGUGUCGCCGCAUAA